AUGGUGAGGCUUGUGCUGCCCAACCCAGGCCUGGAAGACCGUAUUCCAUCCCUGGGGGAGCUAGAUACCAUCGAGAAGGAAGAAGCCUCCUCCCGGCCCAAAUGGGACAACAAGACGCAGUACAUGCUCACCUGCGUGGGCUUCUGUGUGGGUCUGGGCAACGUCUGGCGUUUCCCCUACCUCUGCCAGAGUCACGGAGGAGGAGCGUUUAUGAUCCCGUUUUUGAUCCUGCUGGUGGUGGAGGGAAUCCCACUGCUACACUUGGAGUUCGCCAUUGGGCAGAGGCUGAGGAAGGGGAGCGUGGGUGUCUGGAGCUCCAUCCACCCAGCCUUGAAGGGCGUAGGCAUUGCCUCCAUGUUUGUGUCCUUCAUGGUGGGUCUCUACUACAACACCAUCAUCGCCUGGGUCAUGUGGUACUUCUUCAACUCCUUCCAGGAACCCCUGCCGUGGAGUCAGUGUCCCCUCAAUGAGAACCGGACAGGCUACGUGGAGGAGUGUGCCCGGAGCUCCUCGGUGGACUACUACUGGUACCGAGAGACGCUGAACAUCUCCAAGUCCAUCGACGAGUCGGGCUCCAUCCAGUGGUGGAUCCUGCUCUGCUUGACGUGCGCCUGGAGCGUGCUCUACGUGUGCACGAUCCGAGGCAUUGAGACCACCGGGAAGGCUGUGUAUGUCACAUCCACGCUUCCUUACGUGGUCUUGACCAUCUUCCUCAUCCGAGGCUUGACCCUGAAGGGAGCCACCAACGGCAUCGUCUUUCUCUUCACACCCAACGUUACAGAGCUAGCUAACCCGGUCACCUGGCUGGACGCGGGGGCCCAGGUCUUCUAUUCCUUCUCACUGGCGUUUGGGGGCCUCAUCUCCUUCUCCAGCUAUAACUCUGUACACAACAACUGCGAGAUGGAUUCUGUGAUUGUGUCCAUCAUCAAUGGCUUCACAUCCGUGUAUGCAGCCACUGUGGUGUAUUCGAUCAUCGGCUUCCGAGCCACAGAGCGUUACGACGAGUGCUUCGACAUGAACAUCCUGACCCUCAUGAACGGGUUCGACUUACCUGAAGGCAACGUGACGCAGGAAAACUUUGUAGAGAUGCAGCGGUUCUGCAAUGCCACAGACCCCGUGACCUACAGCCAGCUGAAGUUCCAAACCUGCGACAUGAACUCCUUCCUCUCAGAGGGUGUGGAGGGCACAGGGUUGGCCUUCAUCGUCUUCACAGAGGCCAUCACCAAGAUGCCAGUGUCCCCGCUGUGGUCGGUUCUCUUCUUUAUCAUGCUCUUCUGCCUGGGCCUGUCUUCCAUGUUCGGGAACAUGGAGGGCGUGGUGGUGCCCCUGCAAGACCUCAAGAUCCUCCCCCUCAAGUGGCCUAAGGAGCUGAUCACAGGCCUGAUCUGCCUGGGAACCUACCUCAUCGCUUUCAUCUUUACUCUGAACUCGGGCCAGUACUGGCUGUCCUUGCUGGACAGUUAUGCCGGCUCCAUCCCGCUUCUCAUCAUUGCAUUCUGCGAAAUGUUCGCUGUCGUCUAUGUGUACGGUGUGGACAGGUUUAACAAGGACAUAGAGUUCAUGAUCGGCCACAAACCCAACAUCUUCUGGCAAGUCAUGUGGAGAGUGGUCAGUCCGCUGCUCAUGUUGGUCAUCUUCCUGUUCUUCUUCGUGGUCAAGGUUAAUGAGGAGCUGAUCUACAGUGUCUGGGACCCAGACUAUGCGGAAUUUCCCAAAUCACAGAAAACCACAUACCCCAACUGGGUCUAUGCCGUGGUGGUCAUCGUGGCGGGAGUGCCCUGCCUCACCAUCCCUGGCUUCGCCAUCUACAAGCUCAUCCGGAACCGCUGUCAGAAGCGCGGGGACCAACAGGGGCUGGUCAGUUCCCUGUCAUCACCCUCGGUGAAUGGAGACCUCAAGUACUGA